UUAACAGAGAAUAUGGAAAUCAUCCAGACAUACAGACUCCACAUUUCUCAGGACAUACCGCAGGAAAACUUGGCCAUGUUUUACAGCAGCUAUGACAGUCGUGCUGAGUUGCAGAUGGAGCGGCCGAUCCCUGGUCUGAAUGAAAACACAGUCACCACACUCAGGUGUCCCGCUUUGCUGGUGGUUGGAGACACGUCGCCUGCUGUUGACGUCGUGGUGGAGUGUAACUCCAGACUGAACCCCACCAAGACCACCCUGCUCAAGAUGGCAGACUGUGGAGGACUUCCUCAGGUGGUGCAGCCGGGAAAACUCACAGAGGCCUUCAAGUACUUUGUCCAGGGGAUGGGCUACAGUGAGUAUCCUCUAGUGUUUCUGUACGUGUAACUGAAGGAUGAAUCAGCUCCCAGUGAAACCUGAACAAUGAACACUGAAUGAAUCUGAACAGGAGAAGUUUCAGCGUGUUCACGUCUCCUCAC